AUGUCCUGUCUUCAUCCGCCGUUGUCAGGAGUAACCGCUCUCUGUUACGCUAUCCCCUAUUCAAUCGGUUUCUCGUCAAUCACUCAAGCUGAACUCUAUAAACUUCUCCAAGUUGAAUUGGUCAAGUCGGAAACCAAACUCACUCCAACGUUGCCUGCUGUUGAAGCCUUUGUUUACGGUUCAUCCGAUUCCGUUAGCUACCCUCUAGUCAAAAAGUUCUCAAUAACCAUUAAGAAGAGGUGUUCUAAUGCUGGUAGACUAACCUCAAAUGUUUGCAAAACAGCGGCAGAAUUAAAGCGCUUUCUCAAAUGGAUCUUGACAUCUUUCAGUGCUAAAGAGGUUCUAAGCAAUGCUUCAUGUGUCAGGGUGGAUCCAGCAAAGGGAAAUGACAUGCUUAAAUCCAGGUUAAGUAGCAUGGAAUGUCGUCAAAAUCAAGUCUUUAUCUCAGUGGAUAAAUAUGCGCAACAGGACACAGAAACGCCCGACGAUAAAGACGAUGGAGAUAGUCUUGAUAUCAUCACAAUCUUAUUUGUAACUGGAAGCUGCCUCGGAAUUCUCCUUCUAGUUUUUGGUGUCAUGUUAAUGAGAAGAUUUUUAAAUUGGUUAGCUGAAAUUCGCAAUGACGUUUGGAUGAUCAAGGAGUUGGACAUAAUUCCACCCGAGUCGGAGCGUCUAGAGUCCUUUACGACACUCUUAUCUCAAGUAUCAUCUCGACGAAGCUACAGUCAGGUUGACCUCAGUAGAAGCUGUCAAUGCUGUCCCAUUCUCGCUCCUAAUAUCGAUGCUGCCAACGGACAAACCAUUUCCGGCAUCUACAAGUCGAUUAGUGUGAGCCUAUAUGCCACCCGUAUUUCUGCAUCAACCGUUUUCGACUAUUCCACACGAAAAACACUCAUUGAAUUGCGUAAAAUCGCUCACAACAAUAUUCUUCGCUUUUAUGGCCUCGCUAACCUUGGUGACAAAGACAUUAGUGUGUUUACCACCGAGAGUGAAAACGAGGACUGGGGACUCGCUCCAGAAGAUGACUUGCCCGAAAACCGUGACUUUGCACUGGGGAAGACGGAUAUUCCCAACUACUACGUGGUAAGGGAACAAUGCACAGGGGAGAGCAUAUUUUUCUUCAUGCACUGUUCGGCCAUGAAUUUUCCCAGAGAAGCGAAGAUACCGGUUACGAUUCAGCUUGUUGACGCUGUUGAAUUCCUACAUGGUCAUGGAAUCGUACACGGCAAGUUAAAUUCCCAUUGUUGCUACUUUGAUCACAAUUUUAAUAUUAAGGUGAGUGAUUGGGAGCGUUUAGAUAUGCUGCAAAAGUGUCUCCGUCUACACAGCACAGAUGUGUACCUUCCUUCAAGAUUUAUUGCAUUUCUACAAAAAAAUAAGACAUUGCGAUCGACUUCUGACAGAAAAAAUCGGACUCUGCAAUGUUCCAACAUGAAUGGCGUAAUGCGACUGCGAUGGAGACCACCAGAAUGUCUAUGUUUUGAGCUUCCCUUGGUAAAGAGAUUGUUCUCUCAUCCACAAAAUCUCACUAAUGACGGGAAUGAGCAAAAUGAUGUUGCAGAAGAAAGGGAAGAGGAUGGACAGCUAAAUAACUCUGAGGUACCCCUUUCACACUUCCAGGAUCCUACUGUCGACAUUUACAGUCUUGGAGUGAUUAUCAACGAAGUUUGGUCCAGAGCUAUCCCCUAUUCAGACAUAGAUCAAGACUACGAGGAUGAACUUAAGCUUCUAGAUGCUGUUGCUUGCAGUACUUUGAAGCUAAAGAUAUCUUCAACCAUGCCAGAAAUCCUAGGAAGCAUUGUCAGUGAAUGCACGAACUUAGUACCUGCGAAUCGUCCAAAUAUUGGUUCAGUGAAGAAGCAAGUCACUGAACUAAAGAGCGCAACACAAACAGGACUCGAUAUCUACCUGGAUAUUAUGGACAAAAAGAUGAAGGGUGUAGAACAAAAGGUGGCAAAUUUGGAUGAGGAGGAGAGGUGUUUAGAUGCAGUUCAAGAGGCAAUUUUUCGAGAAUUUCUACCCAAACCCCUGGCUGAUAGGACUCUGCUUCCAAUCUCACACGGAGUGGACGAAAAGGCAGCUCUUGAGCACUGUCUAUCACCAUCACGAUACUCUCAGGUCACUGUUUGUGCCCUUCGUCUGCUCAACUUCCAUGACUCUACGCAGACAUUACCUCUAGAUGAAGUGUUUUUAGCUCUUAAUCGGUUGAAUAGAUUGAUGACAACCAUCGUCGAGGAGUGGAAGGUCUUACGUAUCUCCUCAUUCGGAACAGUGAUGAUGAUAGCAGGCGACCCACAAGGCGAAGACAAUGAUGCUGCAAAACAGGCCAUUUCCGUAGCGGAUUGUGCUCUUGACCUACAUAACUGUCUUCGAUGUUACGGGAAGGUACCACGGACAGAAGUUGAUCCAGAAUUCGCUAUCGCUUUGGACACCGGAGCAGUUGCCAUGGUUUUAAGGCCCGGCGACGCUCCAGCGUAA